AUGGAAGGCGAAGAAAACAACUGGAGCGAAACGGUGGAAGACCUGGUACAUGAAGGAGACAUCGACAAGGCCAUCUCUCUUCUUGAAUCUCUGGUUUCGAAGCUCGAAACAGCAACGAAUUCAUCACAACUGCUAUUGUCCUCUGCUCUCUUUGACUUGGCCAAACUUUACUCCUCUCAAGGCUUCUCUCUCAAGGCUGACGACACUCACUCUCGUGCUCUCCUCAUCAAACAGCGGUCUCAUCACACUCCCUCUCCAAAUGGUGAAUUGAAGGCUGCGAAAAGGGAUACGCAGGAAAAUUGGAUUUCGCGGAAUGAGUGUUCACCUAGUAAUGGAUCUUCUGAGGAGGGGGAUCAUGGGAAAUCUUCAAAUUUGGAUGAUGGUGCUUUGCAUCAGGAUGGCUGUUUGGAUGAUGGGAGGAAGUGCUAUUGGGCUGCAAGGAAGUUAGCACUGUUUAGCCAAUUGGGUAGAGGUUGUGUGGAAACAAAAAACAUGUGUUUGGUAGUGGUGGUGUGUGGGAAGUGUGGUGUGGCUAGGAUGAAGUGGGCUUCAAAGGAGUUUAUUUUACCACAAAAUUAUGUUAAUGGCGAUUUUAAUGUUGUGGAAGACUGGGAAGCUGUUGCUGAUCAUGCUCCAGAUGAAUUACUUCCCCAACAAUGCUUACCAGGAGUAUCAAAACUCUCACUGGAAGAUACAAAAGUUCAAACCCCUAAGCGGCGUGGAAGGGGAACGUUCGCAUAUAGGAAACAUGGCUUGUAUAGUGAUCAACAAUCUGAUCGGCCUGUAACUGAUGACUCUGAAGACGAAGCCGCAUGCCCCACAUCAGAAGGAGAUGAAGAAAGAAAAAAUUUAAAUUAUGGUACAAGUCACGUUCUCGUUUUGGCCGACUUCCCAUCAAAUACUAGGACAACUGACUUACAGAAGCUGUUGGAGAGCUUCAAAGAUCGUGGAGUUGUGAUUCGCUGGGUCAAUGAAAAAGCUGCACUUGCAGUGUUCAGAACACCAUCAAUUGAUAAUGACCGUGAUAUGCUACUUAUUAGGGUUCGUGUUCAUGUUAUGUUAAUGUGGAAAUGUUGA